AUGACUGAAUUUAAGACUACAUUUAAUCUUUUUUCUAAAGUAAAACAAACAUGUGGAAAAGGUGAUAAAAGAAUUGCCAAACCAAGGACAAGGAUUGAAACAUCCUCUGAAGUAUCUGAACAAAUUAUAUCCAAUAAAUCAGCAAGUGCAAUGGCUAACUUACUAAAAACAUUACCAGAUUGGAGUGUGGCUACUCGUAAGAUUAUAGACACUGCUAAUAUUGAAACUUUCCCAAUAGCAGGUGACUUACCUCGUUUAUUAAAACAUUUAAAUGUUUAUGAAAUUCAUAAUGGAGAAUUUUACAGUGUUUUUCCAACUCAAAGAAUUGUAACUGAACAUAUUAUUGAUUAUUCGGUAUCAAGUGAUGGAAGUGCAAUUAAUGCAGGAGAUUGCCUAAAAAUUUUACAGACUGUGUGUAUGAUAUUUGAAUCUGAUGAAUUAGCACAGCACUUAGGAAAUGAAUGGAAUGCAUUAAUGGACAACUCUUGUGAUCUUUCUGUUCAAAAAACUUUUUUAAUGCAAAUUCUAAAAAAAGUAUUUAUUGAAGAAAAAAGUGAUGGUGAAAGUCCUAUUAUAAUGUUUCUAAAAGCAAUUAAUCAAAAAAUUAUAGGACCAGCAACAAUGAGAGUUCGUUGUCAAUGUGGUAGUUUGAUUAUCAAAGAUGCCCAGCCAAUGGUUUGGGAAGUUGCAGUUAUAAUUAUGGAAGACAAAACUAUUAUUUCACAUUAUAGAAGGCAAGAAACAAGUAGUAAAAAACCAGAAGAAUACUUUAGAUUUUUAUGGGAAUUAAGAAUGGUUUUUAAUCGUGACCUUACUCAGUUAGAAAGUCUUGUAAUGGGGAUUACAGAAAUAGAAUUCGAUGAUAUUACAUUAGACUCAGUUCGUGAUAGAGUUAGUUCUGCAUUAGAGCCAAUGAAAUCACAAAAUUGUUUUAUUGGUAAUAUGGAUGACUAA